AGCAGGUUGGAGCCGUGCAGCUCUCCCUGAUGGAGUGUCACCGGUUCCUGGUGGUGUCCUUGAUCUGCGCUGUGGUUUUCCUGGUCAUCCUCAUCCUGGUGGCCAUCGGGUACAAGUACCACGCAGUCUGGUACAUGAGAAUGACAUGGGCAUGGCUCCAAGCCAAGCGGAAGCCCAAGCGACCCCCGCCAAAGGACAUCUGCUACGAUGCUUUUGUCUCCUACAGCGAGAACGACUCCAACUGGGUGGAAAACGUCAUGGUGCAGGAGCUGGAGCAGGCGUGUCCCCCCUUUAGGCUGUGCCUCCAUAAGCGGGACUUUGUGCCCGGGAAGUGGAUUGUGGAUAACAUCAUUGACUCCAUCGAGAAGAGCCACAAAACGCUCUUUGUGCUGUCGGAGCACUUUGUGCAGAGCGAGUGGUGCAAGUACGAGCUGGACUUCUCGCACUUCCGCCUGUUUGACGAGAACAACGAUGCGGCGAUUCUCAUCCUCCUGGAGCCCAUCCAGAGCCAAGCCAUUCCCAAGAGGUUCUGCAAACUGCGGAAGAUAAUGAACACAAAGACCUACCUGGAGUGGCCUCAUGAAGAAGAGCAGCAGGAGAUGUUUUGGGAAAACUUGAAAGCAGCUCUAAAAUCCUAGACAGAGACAUUUAAGACUGAGUAUGUAGAAAAUAUCUGCUGUAUUCAUUUCCAUUGCCUCUUUGUCCAUCAUAUACCUGUAUCUUUAUAAAAAGGUUUGAGCUACUGAAAUUUUUUGUUACUUGCUGUGAAAUUGUUUUAUUUUUGUCACUGUAGUCUUGAAUUUUCUACGUGUUUUAACCAGCGUUACUAACAAGAGCAGUUUCGUUUAAAUAUUUAAUGAUGAAAAGUUAUUUAGAUACAUGGAUAUGUAGUUUAUGUACUUUAAUAUUUGCAAUAGCUUUAUGAAAGUGUCUGCUUAGCCAAGGGUGUUUCUCUAUUUUUUAUUUUUUUUUUUGUAUAAAAUGUUAAUCAAGUGCAAUAAAGGUUAGUUUAUGUGGGAGUUU